AUGUCAACGAUUCACGUCGUAAUUCAUUUUCUGGCACCUAUAGACAAAACUUUCACCUUUACUGAACCAGAUAGCCUUGAACUUGGUCGUUCUUCCGGGAUUAUUCAGGAUCAAGCUAUAAGCAAGAAACAAGUUCUAUUUGAAAUAGUAGAUGGUCGAGUUUAUGCAAUAGCCAAUAAAUAUCCAUUUAAAGUAACAAUCACAAAGUUGACCAACUCUUCAUCAAAUUUGCAAAAUUCAUCACUGGAUAAUAUUGAGAGUCAAAACUCUGCUAUUAUAAAAGAAGGUUUUUCAUCUUCACUUCUUCAUAAUAAUGAUGAUCAUGAGUAUGACGAAUUGGAAACUCCAUCUCAGCUUUUACGAGAGAUGAUUUCGUCACAAGGUGAUCUUGACAUGAUACCAAAUGAUGAUAAUGACAACGCACUUUAUAAUGAUGAUAGGGAGUCUAGUGAUAAUGGUGCUGAAAUUCAUGAUAACGAGGAUGACGCUAAAAGUGUUGCAUCAGAUAAUAAGAUGUUCUCUUCUGAAUCUUCAUACUUGGGAAGUUCAUGUGAAUCUUCUAAAUCUGAUAUAGAGG